UUUUAGAAAUCUUUGAAUGAAGCCAUGACAAGAUGGGCUCGAACUAACAACACUCACAGCAAGAAGGCUCUAGAUGCAACACCAUGGGAAGAUAUGAAAAAUAGUUCCUCUGGAACCACAGCAACAAAUAAAAAGCAAAGUCCUUUAAGGAAUCUCCAAGGAAAAAAGAAGAAUAAGAAGAAAAAAGACUACCUAAAUGAAGAUGUUAAUGGUUUUAUGGAAUAUUUAAAACAAAAUUCGCAAUUGCGUAAUGGAAAAGUGAUCGAUAGCCACAAAGGUAAGGAGGAAAUAGCAACAGCCUUAAAGAAAGAUCAACGCCGGGAGACCAGAAGGUUGAAAAGGCAGGAUAUAAAGAACAGCAGCAUGGUAAGACUUUCAUUGAUUCCUCCCCCCCCUUUAGACUCUGCUACUUUCCAUCCCCUUUUCCCCAUCAUUUGA